UCAGUAAAAAAUGUGUCCGUGGUUUCGUUUCGUGUCUUGGAAAAGAAAUAUUUUAGUUUUCUGAAUUCAAAUUAAAUGUUUACAUAAUUUUAACGAACUUACCUUGAUACGUAUUCAAUUAGCUAUUUAUGUUUUAUACAAUUAUAUACUUUUUAUAAACCUAAUAAAUUGUAUUCAAAAAUGGAAGACUCGGACGACACUGAAACGAAGACUUUCUAUGGGAGAUGUCUUUGUUGUAUGGAAUAUGGGUAUAUGAAAGAUAUGUGGACCGAACACUCUUUUGAAGGAGAACGGGAAGUAUAUGGGGAGAUGAUAAUGGAGACAUUCUCCAUAGUCUGUAACCAACCAGACAAAAUGGAGCAUAUCUGUGAAAUGUGCAUAAUGCGUUUACGGGAGUCGUUUAGUUUCAAAAAGGAGGUGCAGACAUCCUUAGGAAUGUUACUGGAUGACUACAUCAGUGAUGAGAGUGAUUUAGAAGAAUCGAAGCCUAUAUUCUUAGAGGAUUUCAAGAUGUCUGAUCAUGAGGAUAAUGAUAUUCAAGAACCACAAACAUUGUGUAAAAUUGAGCCUGAAUACGAAGAAAUUGAGUAUUUAGAAGAAGAUGAAGCUGUUAUAGCUACAGAGUUAAUGAAACCAAAACUAUCUACUGAAAAGGCGCCAGUCAAGAAGUGGCCCAAGAAGAAGAAGAAGAGUGGAGAUCUCAAAACUAAAUACAAGAAUUAUACGGAGUCAGACAUGAGGAAGUGUAUCGAAGCUGUUCUGCAGAAGAAAUUGUCUACGAUGGAAGCGUCAAAGAAGUACAAUGUACCUCGGAAGACCAUAAGUGCUAGACUUACAUACAUGAAAAGCAAACCUGAUGAAUGGGAGAGCCAACAUCACCCUACAAAUGAACGAGUGUCGAAGCGGACACGAAAUGUUCUACUACAAAAACACGUCGCCAACAUAAAGGCCAUAUUACGAUAUACAAACGCAACACCAUUCGCUGGCCCGGGCGGCUCGAAAUACACGUGUUACUUCUGCAAACAAGAUUACAAUAAGCCGGCCGACUUGAAAACGCACACGCGGUCUCAUAGCGAUGUAUUCGAUUCGUUCCAAAUUAAAGAUUUAACGCAUUUCCUGUUGAAACUGGAUAUAACCGGUUUGAACUGCUUAUUGUGCCGACAAAGUAUCAACAACAUGGAGGAUCUAUUCGCACAUUUGAAGUCCCAUCGUAAACUCGUGUAUACGGAUAUCAAACACCAAAUUGUACCAUUCAGCUUCACCGACAAUAUCUAUAGAUGUUUGUUAUGUAGAAGCGAGUAUACGUUCUUCAAAUUAUUGUUGGGGCAUAUGAUUGAACAUUAUAGUAUAUAUAGCUGUUCUCAUUGUGGUAAAGGAUUUAUAAAUAAGCAUACGUUAUCUUACCAUGAGGCUAGACACGAUAAAGGUGUGUAUAAAUGCUCAUAUUGUGAGAAAGAGUUCGUAUCUCGCGUCAAUGUAAAAGCUCAUGAACGUGUAUUGCAUAGACAUAAUAGUAAAACUAGGAAGUGUAGAUAUUGUGAUGAGAGAUUCAUGAGUGGAGUCCAAAGAAACAAACACGAGGUGGAACAUCACGGGGCUGAUCAAGAGAUAUUCCCUUGCAAUGUCUGUGACAAACAAUUUACGAGCCAAUUCUGCUUGACUGGACAUAUAAAUAGAUGUCAUCUAAUGUUAAAGAGGUUGCAAUGCACAGAGUGUGAUAUGCGGUUUUACGCGAAGAAAGGUUUGAAUAAUCAUAUGCUAAAACACACGCAGGAAAGAAAUUUUCAAUGCGAUAUUUGUCUGAAGCGGUAUGGAAGGAAGUCUACGUUGAAGGAACAUAUGCGAAUUCAUAAUAACGAUAGAAGAUUUAAGUGUGAAAUAUGUGAUAAAGGGUUCGUUCAAAAAUGUACUUUAAAAGGACACAUGAUGUUGAAACAUAACUCAGAAGAGAAUGAAAAUAGACAGCAGUUCCUUGAGAAGCAAUUCAAAUUCAUAGAAGAAACGAAGAUUAUCCUUACCUAUACGAACGCCGUUCCGUUCAAGGUAAAAAGAACGAGAUUAUGUUGCGCCUUCUGUGACCCCAGCCCUAUAUUCGAGAGUCCAGAAGACCUAAGGCCCCACACCCUAGAUAAGCAUAAACACCAGAUAUUAAGCGAAUUGGACUCUGUCCUGCGCCCUCAUUGGAUGAACGAAGUCAUCAGGAUAGAUAUAGAAAACUUGCAGUGCGAAGAAUGUUCCUCAGAGAUCCUAGGGUGGAACGAUCUGUUCCAACAUUUGAAUGAAACACACAAUAUAGACUUGGAUGAAGCGUACACUAGAGUAAUUCCUUUCAAGCUAACGAGUGCUGUUCAAUGCGCACUUUGUUCGAUGACCUUCCAGCAUUUCCAUUUCCUCGACUCGCAUAUGAACGCGCAUUACAACAACUACGUCUGCGCGGAAUGCGGAGACGGCUUCGUUUCCGAAUGUAGACUCAAAAAGCACAGGUUAAUUCACAGCAACGAGAAAUACCCCUGCAACGAAUGCGGGAAGGUAUUCACAUUGAAGAAGUACAGACAGAAACAUAUAAACUUCGUUCAUAAACACGAGAAGUUGUUUAAAUGCUUGUACUGCGACGAAAGGUACAGCGCAGAACACGAACGACACCUGCAUGUCGUGGAGAAACAUAAUGAGAAGGUGAAAUCAAUUACUUGCGAGUACUGCGGGGUCGUCUUCACCUGGAGACCAUACUACAUGGCGCAUAUAAGGAAAAAACACAACGAUAACAAGAAAUACAAAUGCCUUUAUUGUAUGAAAUCGUACGUGUCCAAUUAUGAUCUUAAAAUGCAUGUGAUGCGCCACACUGGGGAGAAGAGAGUGGAGUGUGAACAUUGCGAUAAGAAGUUCGUGACGAAAGCAGAACUGAGGAGUCAUGCAAGAACACACAAGAACCUGAUCACCGUGAUGGAGACUCCGCCUGGUCUAGUAGUUAUUCGGCCCGCAUUUGACUCGUAGCGCAAUUAAAACUUCUAAAAACAAAUUUGCUUUAUAGUCUGUUUUUUAAUACCGGAGACUAAAUUGACAAGGUGUAAAUGUCAAAUUUUCAAAUAGUGUUACCAUCUAUAGCGGAGUAGUGGUGUACCUGCUAUACCGAUUUGUUUAAUCGGAAGCUUUUAUUUUA